CCUCUCUCAUUCUCUCUCUCAAAAACAAUUCAAUUCUACAUCGACGAUGCAAGGCCUCCGGUACGGCCUCCUCUCCGACGGCGGCGUCCGCCUCGAGCUGACCCCCUCCGCCGCCUCCCCGCUCGCCAUCGACGUCGCCGAGUCGGCCGAGACCCGAAUCCAGCGCCUGAUCGCCGAGAAUCCGGUGAUCAUCUUCAGCCGCCCCGCCUGCUGCAUGUGCCACGUCAUGAAGCGCCUCCUCUCCACCGUCGGCGUCCACCCCACCGUCAUCGAGCUCGACGACGACGAGAUCGCCGCCCUCUCCCCCCGCCCCGCCCCCGACCUCUACAUCGGCUCCGCCCCCGUCGGCGGCCUCGAGAGCCUCGUCGCCCUCCACCUCAGCAACACCCUCGUCCCUCGCCUCGUCCAAGUUGGUGCCCUCCAAAAUCAUCACCCCCUAAUUAAUUAAUUAUUAAUUAAUUAAUUUUUGCUUUUUUUUUUUUUUUAAUUAUAAGAAGAAGAAGAAGAAUCAUAUCAUUAUUUACUACUACUACUAGAUGGUGAUUAGGGGAAAUAAGAGUGUAUUGUGAUUUGGGGUUUUGAGUUGUAAGCUUGUGAAUUAGUGUUGGUAAUUGUGAUUAUGACUAUCUACUUUCAAUGGAGAAAUUGAUUUGCAA